UUAUUUUCUUUUAGGAGGAUGUCCUCUAAAAGAAAGAGUCCCCCAACAAAGCUAUCGGCGGAUGGGCUUAACAAUGGACGAACAGACAUGGGUGAGCAUUUUCGCUCCGAUCAGUCGGAUAUCGAAGAUGUCCUACGAGUCGACUUGGAGGACGAACUUCCCUCCGAUCAAAUCGGGCAAGAAGAUGAGGAGGAACACCUGCUCGAUCAAAACGAUAAUAAAAUCCGAUACCACCGGAAUACUCCAUCCUCCGAGGGUCGAGACCUGAUCAGCAGACUGACAAGUGAACAGUUUCAGGCUGCUCUUCAGGCCAAUAAUAAUGGUGGUCUGGACAUGGAGGGGGGUAUUGACUCCCUAGAUGUGCCAAACCUUCAUUUAUCUAUGAGUGCAACACCAAGAUCACAGAAUCCUUUGGACCAAGAUCAAGAUUCUUGUGACAGUUUAACCAGUGAAGGUGUUUUGGGUACAGAACAUUCUCAAGCGGACAAUAUUGCACCAUCAUCGAGGAAACAUAGGUUACUGUUAAGUGUUUCUUCUGCCAGGUCUGAUACCACAACUGAUUCAGAGUAUGACUCUGAACCUUGUUUAAACGGAAACGAACUUGUCUCCGAUGUUAAUACAUUUCCUUGCGAUUUCUUACAAGCUUCUUUGAAGCCAACGAACACCUUGAGUGAUGCUAAUAAUGGCAAUCAUCCGCACGAUUCUCGAGAAUCAUCUCGGAAUGAAAAUCACCAUCAUCAUUAUCAUCAUCCAUAUCAUCAACCACAGCAAGAAAUGAUGAGAUCUUAUUCAGGGGGACAUGGAAAAAGGACAAUGGAUGAUGUGUUGAGAAGGUUAUCCUCAAAAAUGACAACUAGUGCAACAUUGAGAGAACGACAAACACCAGGCCCACCUUCAGUUAUAAUAUCAGAAAGGGAAGAUAACGAUUAUUACAGAAAAAGCCCAACGUCUUUAAGUAUUCCUCAACCACAAGAGUCACCACCUCCACCGUCUACUGUUCAAACAAGCAAAGAGGGGCCUUCCCAGCCUGCGGCUAAUACGUUGAGCAUGAUGGACAGUGACAGCCUCCGUUUAGCCUUGUCUGGGGACAACAUCAGGGAAAAAGAACGCUGUCUUACAGACAUGAUCAACCAAUUACAACAACUCAAAGAACAGUUGUUGACCCAACAACAGCAGAAUAAUCAGCAACAAAAACUGUCUACUCAGCAACUCAAAGGAAUUCGAAGGCAGCAACAAGAUCAAAUCAGGAAACAACAGGAGCAAUUGGUCAGACAGCAGCACAAAAUUCAGGAACUUCAAGUAAGGGAUUUUGCUAGUCGAUUGAAUGGCCAUUAUUCUGCUGCUGCAGCGGCGAAGACCAUGCCGGGGGGCAUGACUCCCCAGGGUCUCAUGUUUCUCCCUGUCUUCGAAGGGGGUCUUCCUCAGUCCUCAGCUCCCAGUACGCUGCUGACCACUGCCUCUGGAAUGUUGCCUCCUCACUUCCCUAAUCACUUGAAUUCAUCCGCCAACAGCAGCCCCCCGAGGCAGUUAUCGCCAAAUGUUAGCUCCCAUAUCCAGAAUAACAAUAUAGCGGACAAUCCACCCACGAUGUCACCACUUCAAGUUUGGAGUGGUUUGCCUCCUCUAAUUCCUAUGCCAAGCAGUCCGUUGACACAGUCUCGCCUAGGUCCGAGUCCUUCUGGAGGAAAUCGCAGCCCUACACCCAGUAAAUCUACAGAUGCAGACGCCCCUUUAAAUCUCAGCAAGCCAAAAGCAUCAGGCAGCAAUGCAAGCAGUGCUAGUUGCAGCCCAAGUCCUCAGUCUGUGGGAAAAGCUGAAGGCGGUCACUCUUCUGGACACACAUCAUCAUCAUCCGCUUCCCCUAUCUUAACGUCAUCACACAGUGUACUUUCACUAGCAUCGACCAGCGCUACAUCAGGAUUGCUUCAUGGAGCUCCUUCAUAUCCUAUGGCACCAUCUUUUCUAACAAAUCCUUAUGGAGUACUGCCACCACAUUUACGAGGUGCUGGCCACCUUGGGAGUUUGGUAGCCCAUCCUGCUGCAUUAUCUGUGGGGACCUUGAUGUCUGCUGGCAUGAACGUCAAGGAUAGUCUCCAUGGUCCUCUAGGUCAUGGGCCUCCAACUGGUUUAUCGGUGGACAAACAGUUUCCCCUCCACAUGUAUCUUCCGCAAGCAGCGGCAGGAAGUAAUCUCUCCAGCCAUCCACCAGUCCCAAACAGAAAGGACAGCAGCGACUCGGCGCUUAGUGAUACAGACAAGAAAGGUGAAACCAUCAUCACCUGUCAGAGUAAGCUUCUUGGUGCCAAAAUUAUUCGUCAGGCUAAGAAAGAAGGCGACGGGAAACCUCAUAUCAAGAGGCCCAUGAACGCAUUCAUGGUCUGGGCUAAAGAUGAGCGCAGAAAAAUACUUAAAGCCUGUCCUGACAUGCAUAACUCCAAUAUUUCGAAAAUCUUAGGAGCCAGAUGGAAAGCUAUGACUAAUUCAGAAAAACAGCCUUACUACGAGGAACAAUCACGCUUAAGUAGACUUCACAUGGAAAAGCAUCCAGACUACAGGUAUAGACCUCGUCCUAAAAGGACAUGUAUCGUCGACGGAAAAAAGCUCAGAAUCUCAGAGUACAAGCAACUAAUGCGGGCCAGGCGACAAGAAAUGAGAAAUAUGUGGUAUCGAGAUGGAGGGCUUGGUUUGCUUGAUUCUCCAACACUAGUAAACCCUACUAGCAUGGCACCUUUGCUAUCAACAAGCAGUGGCAAUCCCUCAACGACAACUACGCUUUUGAAUUCACUUUCAGCAAAGCUCACUGCUUCUACAGCAAAUGGUCUUACAGACAUGGGGCCUGCCGUUUCCGAUCACUCGGGUCCAGGUCCCAUGAAUCCCUCGCCGUUGACUUCACUUCCAUCGGUGACUAUGGACAACAACUUGUCUCCCGUUUCCGAAACGUCGUCCGCCAUGGAGACGUCAACUUAGUCUCAAUAUGGAUCUUGGGCUAUGGAAAAGGCUCCACGCGGCAUGAGAUCAGAGACAGUGUGGAUCAUAUUGUGCAAAAGUUAAGUCGAAUGCCAGCUUCCAAGAGAUGUAUUGCUACUUUCAAUUUCCGUCAAAUGAUUGGUUGUUUAGGUAGAGGACGAAGCAGCAAGCCUAUGUGUAAUUAUAUUCUGUGCAGUCACUACCAGCACUGUUGAUGAAGACGCUUCCACAGUAUGCUUUUUUCCAUUAUGAAAAAUAAAAUUACUGGACCGACAAAAUAAGAAAUCCCACAGAUGGAUUCACAGCAAUCUGGGAUUCACGCAAAAAGAAGUGAUAUUUGUGGUAUAAAGAUCAUGUGGAACUCCACUGGUGAAACAAACGAACUAUGUCUUUUAUUCAGCAGUUUUCAUUUCUACUGUUUCGAACAUACGAAAAGGAUAGGGAAAAAAAAUAUGUUUCAAUUGGAAAUUGCUGCAUGACGUGUUGUUUUCCAGUUAGUGUAAAAAAAAUUAAACAAGGUUAUUUCUAACUGAACGUGAAGAAUAUUUUUAUCACACGCUCAAUACAGUUGUUAUUUACUUCUAGUCUGUGAUGUCAUAAUGCUAAGUAUGUUUGAUUUUUUUUUCCUUGCAUUUCAAAUUGACAAAACUUAGGUGGCUUUUUAAUGUUUCGUUUGAAUUAAGAAGUUUUAGCAUUAAUAUUCAUAAUAAAAGUACACUUCGCAUUAUUACAACAGUUUGGCAAUUAGCACGCUUAUUGUAUAUUAUAAAUAUAUAUUUUUACAAAUUUCGAUUAAAAGCUGUGGGUACUCAUUUCUCAAUUUCAUCGCGCUUCUUUUCUCAGUUUAAACACGCAUAUAUAGUUUUAAAAAUAUCUAGACCUUCUCAAAAUUAUAAUGUGAAAUGAGUUAUAAAAAAUAUUUUUUAUAAUCAUAAAAAAAAUAAAUUUUAAAUGGAAUAAAGUAAUUCUUUAAAAUUUUAUUAAAAAGAUCGUGUGUUUAAAUCGAAAAUUAUCUUUGAGAUUAAAAGCGUUAUUUAUGUGAAUUUUUAAAAAAAAAUUCUUCGCCGUUUAAACAUAUCAUUAAAAUUACCGGUGACUUCAUAUUAAUGCUUGAAAAGAUUUAGAAAGGAAAAAUGGGGAAAAGGAAAUAUUAUUCACAUUAGCUCUUGAAACUUUACUAUAAAUACACUUUUGUUAUUAAUAAAAUUAUAUAUAAAUCAUGCAUAUAAAAUAUGCAUUAAAUAGUGCAAUAUAUAUUAGAAUUCUGUUGUGUAGUUUACGAAUUUUUAUUUUCAUGAGAAAGCUUUGGUUUGGAAAUAUUCUCACCUAAAAGAAAAGUCGUUUAACGACAUUUUUCCCUUUAAUAUUUUUUAAGAACUGUAAUUAUUUGUUUGGAUAAUCACGAGAGUAAAUAAUGCAUGUAUUUUAUGUUCAAAUUAUGUGAAUCAGCAUCGCAUAUAAAAUGAAUGAAAAAAGCUAUAACUGCGGUGAUAUUUCCUAUGUUGAAUAUCUGUAUCCUACAACUGAAAGGUUAAAAUAAGUGCGUCACUAGAUGCUGAUAAUAGUCACCAUAAAGAUGGCUGUAUAUCGUAGUCUGGCUAUAACUUUGGGAAGAAAAUUGUCCUUUUUAUCGCUAGUUUUAACAAUGCCUGUCUUAAUAUUUCGUACUGAUCUUCUAAUUAAUUAUUUUGACUGAUUUUUUAUCACUAUUUAAAAAGUUGUGAUUUUUCCGUAAUAAAUGUAAUAUUCAGGUGAAGUGUGCUUUUACCGUACACUUUUAAUCAUAGCAUUAUCGUAUUAGUAUUUUAACCAUUGGUAUUUAAAAGUAUUUUAAUUAUUAAUAUUUCAUUCCGGACAUGGGGAUAAUAAUUUUAAUCAGCUGUUUUAUAAGUGGUUCUUAAAACCUUUCAUAAAUGAUGAUGAAUAUCUACUUAAAAUAAUGUUACUUUUCAUAAGUGGAGACAAGUAUCUUAAGUUGCAUAUGCAAUGCAUGAAAUUUCAUUGAAAUUUCUUUAUUGUGCUAACUGCAAAACUUUUUAAAUAUACAUGCAGUUCUUUUAAUGAAUCUUUAUUUCUUAAACAAUCGUAAUGUGCAAUGUUUUACAAUUAUCUGUGACUGAAUUACAGUCUAGUAGUUUUCGUGUUGUAUAUUAGACGUCUGUAUAUUGUUUCAUAUGAUCUUCAAUGCUUUCCUGCCACCUGAGCAACACAUCUGUAUCCAGAAGAAAGGUGGGUGACCACAUUUUUUACUGAAGUGAGACGUAUACGUACUUCUUUGUUUAGCGACUGCAUUUCCUGCAGAAGGAAAUGGCGUAUGGUACUAACAAUUCCAAAGGGUUUGAUUGGACAAUGAAAGGAAUAAUAAUUUAAGGAGAUAACCUGCUGGCUUACACCGAUUAGUAGGUGUGACAAAUGUUAUGUUACUGUCAGAACUUGAAAUUUUUAUUUUUCUUCAAAAGCUGAACAAACAUUUUUUGAUCAAAUGUAUUGAUUAUUAGUUCAAGUAUUUUGUCUUUAUCAUCUAUUUUAUAUUUAUUUUUUUUCUUUAUAUAUACACAUGCAUAAUUAAAUAAAGGCUGCAAAGGAAAGAGCUUGUUAUCAUGGUGUUACAACAUCCCCCCCCCAAUGCGAAAAAGUGCCGCAAUCAUCGUGUUAACUUAUUUUUACUUGUAUUUUUAAUGUGGUACCAUGAUACAAGGUUUCCGUUUGCAUUCUUCACUAGCUAAAAUAAAGUUAAUACUUGCAGCUAUAGGUGCUUAUCACGCUAACCCUUGAGAAGAAAAGUGACUUAUAUUUAAAAGUUUAAACGUUUUGUAAAACGACAGAGCUUACAAAUGAUGUCAAAAUUUAGUAGCAUUUCUUUGCUUUCCUUGAUUUAUCAGUUUAAAAGUUGUUAGAAAUCAAUGAUAUAUUGUAAACAAGAAUCAUUUUUCUUAGCGGAUUUCUGUUGUUUUGUAAAUAUAUUAGAAUUGCAGGUACACAAAAUUAUUUUAUUUUGCAGUAUACUGGGUGCAAUAUUUGUAUGCAUGGUUUGAAAUCUGUAGUAGAUAAACUUAACGCUGGAACUGCUUCUUGGCGCUAAUUAUUGAUUAUGGGAAUAUUUGUUUCACAAAUACAUUUAUAAGCAGAUGUAUGUCCUUGUCGUUUUUUAAAUGGAACUUAAAAUAAUCUCACUAACUAAAUAAACUAAUGUUCUUUAAAGCAUAACUUUUAAUUUUAUCUUACUGCUAUGUAGUAUUUUUCUAAAACUAGAAUUUUAACAUUAAUUUUUCAUUAUAGGUUUAAAAAAUAUAUUAUUAAUACCUCGGAAUGUAUGUCUUGUUAUAACAACUAAAUAUUUCAUUUUCAUUUUAUUUUAUUGACAUUUUUACCGUUAUGCUAAACUGAAUUUCACUUCCAAUAGAGAUUUUGUAGAACCGUUGUAAUCAGCAAAUGCACCAGUCAAAUUAAAACAACAAUAAACUUCGUGCAGUUAAAUUUAGACUGAUGAUCUUCCAGUUUUGUCAUACUCUACCGUUUAUAGCUUUGCGAUGCUUCUUUAUUAACUUUCGCCUAAGAAACAUAAAGCUGAACAAACACAUUGCAACAAAAUUAUAUCUGUCGUGUUCCGCUGAGUAUGAUUCUCCCCCUGCUCUGGUAAUCUACAGAUUAUCAGUUCAGUAUUCCUCGCAAGAUUCCGUAAAAGUAAAAUAAAGGCUAUUUUAGUUAUGAAAAUUAUAGACAUAUCUUAAAAGAGACUACUAGAACAUACUAACAGAGGCACCUGGAAUCAGGGAAUGUAUUCUCUGAGCGUUACUGAUAUUCUAAUAAAUAAUUUUCCAUUCAGUUAAGUUAUAAAGAGUUUAUAGUUUAUUUAAAAUGAAUCUACAAGUAGGAAAUGUAUAGAUAUUGAGUUUAUUCUUAGAGCAAAUUCAGUGAUAAUAUCAAAAGUAUUAAAAAAAACUAUUAAUACAUCUGAAAACUUUCGAAAAUUCCUAUUUGGAUAAUCAUUUUUAGCAUAAAUUUUAUACGAUAGACGUAAGAUUGUCUGACCAGUAAAAACUAAACAUCAAUUUUUUAAAAAUAAGCUGUAAUUUUCUUAAAUAGAAAAUCAGGCCUAAGUUUUAUAAUUAACAGUGCGAUGUAGUAAAGAAAAAUUCAUUUUUGAGGUUUUUAAUUUAUUACAUUUUGUUUGCUUAAAACGAUUGCAGUUUCAGAAACUGUUCUUUCAUAUAUUUUAUUUAGUAUGUUUCUGUACAAAAUGUAUACCACUGUGUUUACUACAGGUUAAAUUGUGGACAUAGUUUGACAUAGAUUUUGCACAACAGCACUUCUUAAAGGGACAUGAUAAAACGAAGUUGCUUGGGUAACUGUAAGCAGCGAUUAUACAAACAAAAUUUAAAGUUCUGGCAGUAUUAGUGUGUGAAAAUGUUGGUGUAAAGGCAAUGGUAAUAUAGUUAUAAUUUUAUCUGCUUCCAUGACGAAUACAAAUUUUUAUUUAACUUUUACAUGUUAUUGUCUUUGAACUUACCCCAAAAAUUUAACCGCUAUAAAAUACCCUACAUUUUUGUAUAUUACUUAACCAAUUUCGUUAUUCUCAUUUCUUGUUUCAAAUAGUAAUUAAACUUUGGAAUCUUUCGAUUAAAACUUGGUGACAUCUCAAUUUUAAGAACCUAGAAUUCCAAGUGCGCAAACUGUAGUAAAUAACAAGUUAGAAGCAGUAAGUCCGAGAAAAGAUUACAUGUUUAUAUUCCAAAAUACAACUAAAUAAGUAAGUAAAAAACGGCAGGACUUUGUACCAAACUAAAAUGUAAUCUGUAGACUAAAAAUAAAAGAAAUUACUCUUAAAUCUAGCCUCCUUUAGUGUGCAAAAUAGACGCAGAGCUAUUUGGCUCAUAGUGGUAUCUAUUAGAUUUCAGCUAUUGUUUUGCAUAAUAUCGCUCUUCCGUUUUUACUUGUAGCCGAAAUUCAUUCAAAGAUGUGGAAAGUCAGGAUAAAUGUUAAAGAAGACACGAUCUUAUGUUCCGUUUGUGUGUUUUCUGUCGCAUUUUAUUCUAAACGCGACUAAGAAGAGUAUUUAAGAUCUUAAAAGCUUGAAUUUACAUUAUAGUCACUCUUUAUACCAGCACCUUUGGCUCAUUAUAUUAAUUCACAAAGUUUCCUCUUUCUAUUUUAUUUCAGUCUAACACUGGAAAGAGAAAAUGAUCCAAUAUUUUUGUAUUUAUAUUUUCAGUUAUACUAUUAGGCAUCAGACGCAUCAUUCGCUGUCCAAAUGUAGUAAUGCAUUGGCGUAUCAUUAUAAUUCGUGUAGAUUUUUAUACACGUAUCUUUAAUAUUUUUUACUAAUCCCACGAUGUCCAUUAUAAUUCAACACGAGUAAUUUUUAUCUCGUCUCAAAACCUCACUCGUCUUCAAUCUGUAAUAAUCCAAUGCUGGUAUUUUUCUGGAAAUCCAGACUUAGAUGUGCAAAGAGUUUAUACGAUCGAGGUAGUUCAGCCUUUGUACCACCAAACUAUUUUCAGUCCAGUAUCAAGUCUUGGCUAAAGAAGCUUUGUAGUUACUUUUCCGCCUGUCACGAACCGCACAAUGUAUUAGUUUAUGACGUGAAUUUAAAGCACGCUUCCGGCCAUUGCUUUUGUUGUUGUUAAUUUGAAAUAAAACUCAUUUUUGAGCUUUUGGAUACCCUUAAUUUUCAUCAUAAAAAUUUUAAGAUAUUUCUUGACGCUUUUUUUUUUUUUUUUUUUUUUUUUUUUUGUAAUGUAAACAUAGCUUAAAAUGUAAUUUCUGUUGCAGGUAUAAAGCAUGAUGUUUAACUUAGUCCUGAAAAUUCAGAAAUGAUGCUAUUUCAUAGCAUCUUUUAAUAGGUUGCCGAUUAGUAUGCCAUAAAAAAUUACGUGUUUAGAAUAUCGUUGUCAACGUCAGCAUGUUUCGUUCUUCCCAUCUGAGUCUACUUACUUUUUAAAAAUACAUUUAAAGAUUAUUCUGAAAGAUUAUCCGAAUACAGUCCAAUAACAGAUGUUUAAUCACCUUAAAUACAUAUAAUGUUACAGGACGUGAAUUCCCACACAGUAUGUUAAGUACAUAAAAUGAAGAUAGCUUUUAUGUAUGUGUACCGAACAGAGAGAGAAAUUAUGACGCGUUACAGAACGUUAUAGUUAUAAAAAGAUUCUGAUAUUUGUCUAAUAGCGAAAACGUGAAUAAGAAAGGAAAUUCGAAACAUAUGUUUUAAACCUUAGGUUAUUUUUUACGCCAAAACUUGUUGACUGCUGCAUUUAUCUGUUCUUAAAUCUUACCAGCAUUUCAUGCAGGCAAAUGUAAAACAUCUGAAUUAAGGCAAGCUAAAAUUCUCAAUAAGACGUUUUUCUGACUAUGUUAAAAAUUAUUUUAUAUGUAGCUAUUAACGAAAGCUUAAAUAAAGUGUUAUCUGACACCUUUUAAUCGAACCAUAUAUUACCAUUGCUUUCCCUGACAUUUAUUAUGGCUGUAUUUCGCGGGAAAUUAAGAAUUUUCCAAUGCAAGGGCAUUUAUUAUAAAUAUACACUUUCCGUUACUAUAUUGUUAAUGUGUAUAGUUUGUUGUGUACAGUAUGUGAUAUGUGUGAAAAAAUGAAGUCAGCGCCUGCGUUUAGCAUCCUGUAUUGAUACUUCGAAUUCAGUGAGAGAAUCAUGAAGUUCAUUAAUUGCAGUUAAAUGUAUUUGCUUAGAGUGAAGCGUUAUUUAGGUAGUAGCUAAAUGAUUGAUUUCUAAAGUAAAAAUAUGUGUAAAGCACAAAAUGGAAUAAAUAUUGACUAUUGUAAUAAACUGAUCCCAACACUA